AUAUAUAUGCUAAAUAAUUUGGGAAUUGGCGUGCAUGUCCCAAAAAUUCAGUGCAAAUGUCGUAGUAAAUAACAAACAAACGCCUCAAUAUUUCAUCAGCUCGAAGGACUGAGUCAUGGCGUUUGCUUGUUGUUAUCUCUACGUCCCGCAGGCCCGGGCGGGGAAGCGAAAUGAAACAAACAACGAUGGGGGAAGUUUGCAAAGAGAAGAACUCAGAGUCAUGGCUUUCUGUCAUUUGGCGAAUCUGCAACCUUUUCAUGUCUGUGUUCUUCGCUCUUGCAACAUAUGUUCAGAUUAACGAUCCAGACGCAGGGUUGUGGAUGGUUGGUUAUGGCGUUCCCGCAGUCCUGUGUGCAAGCAUUGGAUUGAACCCGCAUGUGACAGAAACGUUGCCAUGGAGGCGUAUUGCAGAUCUCCAUGUGAUGAUUUCCACUGCUGUGGUUUCCAUAUUGGGAUGGAGACUUUGUAAAGAGCGAAUCACAGAUAUCUUCCAGGAGGAGGAGGGCAGAGAAUUUUCUGGUCUCAUGCUGACACUUGUUUGGCUUCUCCUUUGUCGCCACUCUGGAAGGUCUCCGGUGGGGAUGUUCAGAGUCUCCACGGCAACUGCCAUCACAGUGUUCCCCUUUGUGGCCUGGCUUUACUAUUACAUCAAUACAGAGCUGAGAGCAAACUGGCCUUCACACUGUAAAACUGCUAUUUAAACAUCAACUACUGUUCCUUUUGUUAUGUUCUCUGACUGAAAACCCUGGACCAACGAUGCUGCUCAUUUUUUAGUAGCAUUAAAUACAAACAUAUGACAGCUGAGCUGUCAUAAAGUAUUUUUCAUCAAAGUAUUUUUCAUCAAAUGUUUACCUACUGUUUUUCUCUAUAAAGUGCAAUUGAUUGUGGAAUGUUGAUUGUUUUUUCUGUCAAUUGAAGUAUAAAUAAUAUGCAAUAAAAGACAAAGUGAAUCAAAGAUAGUUAUAUAUUUUUCUUACUUUUCAUCUGCAUUUUCAUUCCUAUCUAUCUUUGUUAAUAUACAAUUGAGAGCCUGCUUUUUAGAACAUUUUAUUUUCAACAAACUGGAAAAAAUGUAUUAUUUCUUUAGGACAGUAUUUUAUAAUGUAUGGUCAAAUGAUGGUAUAAAUAUAAUGAUGGUCAAAAUCCUCAAAAAUACUUAAGUGAAUGCCUCAUUUGUACCUUUUCAGAAAACUUGUAAUCUUAAAGUAAGUUAACAAUUUGGGAAGAUUCAUGUUUACCCUG